UCUCUCGUUCGAAAAGCAACUCUCGCACACAGACGUACAGAGCUUAAAACUUGGCUUUCUCGCUAUGCCAUACGUGCUGCUCUGCCGCCGCUGCUUCUGCGUGCUUCCCCUCAAUUUUCUCCUCAUUCUGUACCUCUUUCCCUCUCUUCGCGUCCUCUUCUUCACCGUCUCUCUGUAUGUGCUCUCGCACAGAUCUCUGCGUUUUAUACACACACAUACACACGCACAAGUACAACACACAAACUCAUAUAUGUGCAUAUUUUUUGUUUUCCAUACCCUUUUUCGGUUUCUCUCGAUUUAUACUCCUCCUAUCUCUCUUUCUUUAUCUUUCUUUUCGUCCCACACAGUUUUUCCACUUUUUCUUUUAAAUGAAAAUCGGUUUAGAUUAACGAUUCACCCAUGACAUAGACGAUGAGUGUGACAGCCGAAAAUUAUUUAAUCACUGCUUGUGUUGCUCUUCCAAUGUAAUUAUUAGAUGGGCACGUGAGGAGACAUGAUUGUUCGAGUGGAUUCUUGGAUGAUUUCGAGGUUAAGUUGAUACGAGUGUAAAACUCUCCUGCAUUGUUGCAAGAUAUUCAAAGUGUUGAUAUAGAGUAUAUGUAGGCUCGAGUAGUUGCUAGCCAACCAGCGUAGAAGUCUUUUCUGGCACAAUCUCCACAAAUGGUCGACGAGUCCUGGGGUAUAUCGACCCCUCCUCCAAAUGCUACCGCCCCAAUCUCUUGUUGAAUGUAUAUGUGCAUUAUCCGGCAUCAAUCCUGGCCAGGAUGCUCAGUUGUACUACGACUCGCUUCAUAGUCAGUCUGUUAAAGCAAAUCAAUUCUCUGUUAUAAGCUCUAUUAAAUUCUUUCUAAAAUUUUUACUAAUAUACUUCUAAUAAAAGAUCUUAGUUAUAAAGUAAUUUCAUAGCAAGUUAAAAGAUCUUGAUCAUUGGGUUCUUUGAGGGCCUGCUGAUUCAAAAUGGUUCAGACUAGCCAUGUCCAGUAAGUGGCAUCCUGUAUUAAUAUUCAGCAUAGACAGGAUAGUAGCACGCGCUAGUCGUGGUAGAUAGAAUGAGUGGACCUCGACCAUCCGACUCACGCUGUUUCAACGAAAAUUCACCCAGGCCUCCAGUCCCUGGCGAAGAGAGGGACGUCAGCUACAAAAACAGCUUCUCUAGUAGCAGCACAAGUAGAAGCAGUAGCAGAUACGAGCAGCCCACGGAUCAACAAUCAUCCAGAGGUUGUGCAGUAUCAUUGCGAAGCACAAGUUGCGAUGCGAACAGCGGUGGUAGUACCUCCGCGCCUCAAGGCUACGAGCCAGAGGGCCGCUGCGAUCGUGCCAUCAUCAUGGAGGAUCACCACCUACAACAACAGCAGCUGCAACAGAAAUUACGAAGCUCUAACAAUGCCAACGAGCCAUUGGCAUGCCUUCAGUGGUCCCGUAGUCUGCACGCUCUGCUUGAGGAUCCAAAAGGCCUCAAAUUGUUCGAGCAUUACCUGCAGCAAGAAGGACACAUUUAUGCGUUGUACUUUUGGUUUGCUUGCGAAGGCCUCAAAGAGGAGCACGAUCCGAACAAACUCUCGGCAAUUAUUAAGGUACUUGUCAGGAGAUUCUUCCAAAGGCCACAGCUAGCGUUACCUGAUGAGGUGCGCAAGGACUUGGGCCGAAGAUUUCGCGAGGGCUUGGCAGAUCGAAAAACGUUCGAGCUCGCGCAACGCGAAGUUGAAAGGCUUAUCGAAGAGACUACUUAUCCCAAUUUCCUACGCUCCGAUGUCUACUUGCAAUACGUACGACAAUGCCAGCAACUUGUCAAUGACCAGUCUCGUUCACCUCAGUCACAAUCAGCAUCGGUCUCGGUUAAAGAUGGCCAGUUGGAUAAUGAUACAAAUUCUUCGACAACACCACCACCGACCGAAACGAUUGGAUGUGCGUCUAAUUUAUUGCCCACCUUACACGAAGACAGUGAAUUAUCAGUACAGCAACCGAGUCAACAGCAAUUACACCUACAGCAAAUACAUCAACAGCAGUUGCACCAACAGCAAACUCAGCAACAAUCGCGCCCAUUACCGCCAUUACCGCCCGUACCACCUCACGAGCAGGCCGAGCCACAACAGCCAAUACAUAAAACGCAUUCCACAGAUCGAAAUGUACAGCCAACGGGAGAGAUGAGGCUAACAAAAGACAUGCUUAUGGCUACUCAACAGUUCAGGGCACUUGACGUUCGGCCUAAACCUGAAGCUUUUGCUGGAAUUUACUUGCGACAAGGUGCUAGUCCGUAUCACGCCACGGUCUCGAGACCGCGCGUACAGUAUUCUUCGUACAAUCCGGUUUCGAGGCAAGACUCUGAAUUACAGAGUAUAAGCAGCGAGGCUCGAACAGAGUCUGAUAAAUUAUCUGUCACCGACGCCUCACUAGACAGUGCAUCUAUGUCACGUAGAAACACGCGUAAGCAGCAUAUUCGUCAAUAUCAGCAAAUCAAAAAAUCGGCUAUGAUCAAUCGUGACUCCGUUGGUCACGAAGCUAUAAUACCUCGUACCCAAAGGAUGUCACGCGAACAAACCAAGCCGCUUGAUCCCGAUACAUUUGCUAAGCAUUUGAUAGAAAAACUUAAAAAAAUCAAAGAGGACCGUGAAAACGAGGAAAAACUUGAUCGCAAACUGAAAGAAGUAGAUCUUUCAACGAGCAUGAGCGAUAUAUGUGAUAGUCCAAAAACAUCAUGUGCACCACCAACACAAUCAUCGCGGUACUUGACCGACGAUUUUCGCGACAAGCUGCAGCUAGAAGACGAUAAUGACCAGGCAAUUCUUGAUCAGCACGUAUCGAGAGUUUGGAAUGAUUUAACGCCGUCACUAUCGCCAAAGCUCGCAUCGCCAAGGCCACGAUCUCCUGACAAGAAUCGUCGUCAGCUUCAGCCUCAAUUACCGCCACCGCCACCUCCACCUCGGAGAGAUCAGCGGAAAGAAAAAGACGUUUUCUCGACAUUUUCUGGUGACAGUGGCAACGUGAACGAUUAUGCUGAAACUAGUGAACUUCAUGGCGCUGGCAGUAUGAGUUCACUAGGUUCUCACUUGCCUAAGAGCAAAUCGGUUCCAUCGGAUUAUGCUGGUUCCUUAUUCAAACAGGAUCGUUAUUUCCAAGAUCAAGAAUCGUCUAGGCACCGUCGUUUAGAGAGUGGAGCGCGGUCAUCAGCCACAAAGAAAUCCAUGACCGAACUGACAGAUAGUGGCGUAUCGGUUGUCUCCGACGUACCACCAGCUGCAGUAAAAGAUACUCGCCUUCUUAAUUGGCUUAAGGAAAACGAUACUGGCAGUAGUUACUGCGUUGGCAAACCUGAACUUAAGGCGCGACACAAACGUUCAGCAAAUUUGCCACAGCAGCCAUUUGUUGGUGAUCCUGGCAUGCCUCUAUUACCACAACCUCAUACUGCGACACAGCUGGAAGAGGCCAAACGUAGAUUAGAGUAUGAACAGAGUCGCAGCAAUAGUAAGCAGCGUAAUUCAAGUCAAUGUCUCAAACAGCAGCAACCACAAUUUUUAGAUUAUGAGCUAGUUAGUUCGAUGCCGACUGCACCUAUCGUUGAAACAGCUACAAGUCAAACAACGUUGAGACGACCAAAACAAGCUGGUAAAGAUUUUACUACCGUCGUAUUAAGUUUUUGCGAUGAAAAGGUCCCCUACAUGUUGAAAAUUGCUGGUUACAAUGUCACUCUUAAACAAUUUAAAGAAGUGCUUCCAAAAAAAGGCAACUAUAGGUAUUUCUUCAAAACCGAAUGCGAAGAUUUGGACAUGGCAGUUAUCCAGGAAGAAAUUACCGAAGACACUGAAUUAGUGCCACUGUGGGAAGGAAAAAUUAUGGCUCAAGUUAAGGCACUAGAGUGAAGUAGUAUUUUUAUCAAUAUUUUCGCGUUUUAGGCUUUUUAAAGUGUUCUUAACUAGAACCUUUGGGAAGAAAAUUUAGAGCGCAAAAACCAAUGAAAAUGAAUUGUAUGUGUACGUUUUAUUCCACAACCGAUUUUUUCAAGUAAAAAAUUCGCGUGUGUAUGGUUAUAGAAAGUUUAUACAAUGAACAUUUUCAUUUUCCAAAUUUUUUAAUAUCAGUAAAACGAAUAAUUAGGUGAAAUUUUUUAAUUGUGAACGUCAAAUAGUCAACAGUGGCAAAACUUUUACAUAUUACUUAAUCAUUGUACAUAUAUUUAGUGUUUUUGAAUAAUUCAGAAACAUCGUUUUUAUACAUGUAUUUAUUGUUGGUACUGCGAAUGCAUAUUAUGUUUAGUUGUUAGAGUAAAGGUGUUGCUACUGGCAUAUUUCGUUCGAUACCUGUAAAUAAAAAAGCCAAUUUAACUAAUUUUAAUACUCUCAAUCCAAAAUGAUUUCAAUUACUUAUCCAAUACGUGCGUAGAUUAGCGAUCGACGAAUGAUUUUGCGCAAUGCUCGAUCAGUGCAUUUUUACUUCGACUAUUUUUAUUAUUUUUAAAAAAUGGUAAAAAAGCAAUUGCGGAAAAUCAUGUGCAUUAUAGAAUGACACCUACAAUGAUGAUUAAUCGUGUGAAUAAAAAUCGACUGUACAAAAAAGCCUACGUAGUUAAUCGCCUUAUGAGAAGUACAUACUCGUGUAUGGUCUUCUUCCCCUUAGAUAUAUUUUAUAAAUGUAGGGAUGGAGAGAGAGACAGACAUUACACACAAAAAUCUUAAUCGAACGAAAUAAAAAUAGUCGAUUGUCGGGCAAGUGACAGAGUAUUUCAUUUUUAAUUGAAGAUUUAUUUGGCUCAUGAAAAUAUGUAUAUUAUAUAUGCAUAUCAUCUGAUUUUAAAAGCACAUAGAAAAUGUAAAAUAGUAGUUUACAAAGAAACAAAUAUAAUAUAUAAAUAAUAUAAAUAUAUAAAUAUAUUAAAAAGCGUGUUUUUUUAUUAUUCUUGUUUGGUGCAGGCAGUGUCGCUACGAUGCAUUUGCCUAAGCAAAACGAGGAUGAAGACAGUCAAAGAUUCGAUAGGGUUUUAUCGCGUUAUCAAUAUUGCAUUUGUGCGAAUCGUCAAAUCAUGUAAUGUAUAAAUUUUAACGAUAAAAAAAACGAAAAAAUUGUGUACCGCGAUAUUGACAAAAAUAAAAUAAAUAAUUAUUGUCCGGAAUUUUCGAAGCAUAAAAUACAAGUUAUAUUUCGAUGUUGCAGUGAGUCGCGUAAGAGCAAAGUGUAUUUUGAAAUAAACAAAAACUGUAGAAAGCUUUGCAAAGGCAUCUAUUGUGAAAAAUUUCAGAAUCAUUCACUAUUAAGAAACAAAACAGCAGUGCUGAGUAAUGGCUCGCGAAGUUCUCAAUGCUCAGCGAUUCGCAUAAAAAGCAAAGAAAAAUGAAAAAGAAUUGUGCCUUUUUUGUAUAGUGCGAUAAAUGGAAAAUAGCCGUCUUGAAAGCCUAAAUUUACGGUUGUGUGUGCGUGUUUCACUAUACAUUUUUUUUGUUAUUUUUUUAUUUGCGCGUACAUGCUAGCUAUAUUUAAAACGUUUGUGAACGGCCAAUAAAUAUCGCAUGGAAAAACAGUAGAUUCUUUCAUCUUCGUUGUUUUAUACAUACUAAGGAAAUCGAUGAGUAACUAUAAGAUGAACGAAUAAAAAACGGUUUAGCGAAAAAAACGAUUUUUGUACCUAGUAUUAAUCAGAGUUAGUUCUUUCGUAAUUAGGAUUUUCGUGCUGCUUGAGCAAGCGUGCUUGGAUCUUAAUUUCGAAAAGAAUGAAAGUGAAAAAAAAUUGAUGCGCUCGUAAAAGAGAAUUUUUGUAAGUGUAAUUAAUGGUCAAGUAAAAAAAUUGUACAAUGUGUAAUAUUAUAGUUUAAGGAAAAAGACUUCUUUAUAAUUGUAAAAGAACGACGUUUUAAGGUCGAAAGCGAGUUUUAAGGUGAGAAUGCGUAUGUGUAUACAAAAAGCAUUUUAUGUAAUUAAAAUGUAAUUGAUGAUGCUUCGUUAAAUGCGUUUUUCAAAUAUUUAUACUUUUUACGGUUAACACCACCAUAUUUUGUACAUUAUUUGUGAAUUAUUAGGGUUAUAUACGUGAGGUAAUAUUUAAAAUAAAAAUAGUCAUUUGACUUUUUUAAGUACAAAAAUCGUGCGCGAGUAUAAUUAUGUAUAUUCUUGUCUUGGGAGUAUAUUAUGUUUGAAAUUCGCUGAAUCGCGAUGUAUUCAGUCAAUAAUACAAAAAAUGGUUUCAUUUAGGAUCGAUCUAUUUUUUUCCACAAUUAGGUUUUUGUAAUUCCUACGAAAAAAUUGUUUUGUGUUCUGUGUACGAUUAUGCAAAAUGUGACAUGAAUAAUAUGAAAAAUUGUUCCUGUAUGCCUAUUAAAAAGCCGAUUUUAUAAUACUGACGAUUAUUGUAUAACAAAAGAGCAAUGGAUAUUGA